GUUACAUCAGGCAGAAGGUUUCGAGGGUUCUAUUAACAAAGUGCUACGAAUGAACUGGGUGGAAGAAAGUACAUAGGUCUCCCAUUCAAGGGUUCAUCAGUCUUCACUAAGGAAAUUUAAGUCAAAGUAGCUGACAGUGAGUCAGCAUUUUGGAAGGCAGGUAGAGAUGGUGAAGAAAUAAGGAAAUUCUUCUAUGAGUCAUGAUAGAUAUUUAAGCUUGUUAAAAAAUGUUUUUGACUACCUACUCCCUUUGCCUACAGAGUCCAGUUAAGGUAUCUUCAAAAUUAUGGAAAUAAAAACAAUCGGUCGCUGUCUGUCCUUGCCAAACUCAAAAAAGGCUAAGCCUUUUGUGCUUAAACACAUACUCAUCAGUAACUACUCUACCUUACACUGAACAUAACUAAGCUAGGUUGUUCUUCUUGGGAAUGUACUUGCAAGUUAAUACUGCACUGCAACUAUAAGAUUUUUUAAAAGACAUCAGUUGUACAUUAUAAAUUAAAUCUAGUUUAAAUCAAUAUAAUUCAAUUUAUCCUAGCAAGGAAGUUUUUUAAGGAUGGUCUGAUUUUUUUUUUUUACAGGAAUAAUCUUUGCAUAAUUUUACACCCCAUACAUGAGAUGAUUAGGAUUCAAUCUCAACCAGAAAAAUCCCUUUAUGGUGUCCUUAUGGCCUUCCUGUAUCCUAACAGAAAAAUCCUAGCAGAAGCAUUUCCCCUUUACCCAGUUCCUGUUCUUUUAUCACAGUUCUAUUCCUCCACACUCCCUUCCUGCUAGGCACGGGAAUUUGAAAGGGCAGGGGAAAAUCGGUAGAAGUUUGUCUUCUACUUGGGUAAUCCAAUAGCACCGCAUCCAGUAGUAUAUAAUUCUUUUUGCAUGUAUAUCAGUUUGCAUGUAUAUCAGAUCCUCCCCAAUCCCUCUCCCAUACCUCUUUCUCACUUUUCUCUCAUUAUCCGGUCCUCUUGUUUUCCUUGACCCCCACAUUCCUGUCUAAAUCAUCCUCCUGGCCUCAGGUCCUUAUCUCCUUCCUGAGACCCUCAUGUUUAGUGUUCCCUCAUUCCUCUUACACCUAGGAUUUCUCCUCCUUCCAUAAGGGUCUGGUCCUUCAUCCCUCCCGCUUCACCAGACCCCCUCACCCUGGGAGCCGCCACCUCCCUUUCCCCAAGACCAGAUGUCGCGCGGCCGGACACAACCAGCACGGAGAGUCGAUGCCGGCGGCUGAGCUGCGCAGUGGGGUCUUCCCGCUGCCCAGCAGCCUACAGGCGCGGUGCACUCUGGGGGAACAUGGCCGCUUCCGGUCUCCCUCCCGGGCCGGCGCUGGCCUGACUGCGGCCCCGGUCCGUAGCACUCCGCCCUCCGCUUCUCCCGCCCUGUAGCCGCGAAGACUGCUUCAGCCUUUCCCUCUGCUGCCCCUGCCGCGCGAUGGAGAAGAGCUCGAGCUGCGAGAGUCUUGGCUCCCAGCCGGCGGCGGCUCGGCCGCCCAGCGUGGACUCCUUGUCCAGUUAAUGUGUUAAGAGCCAUUGACAUUUGAAGAUCAUCAGAAGUGAAGAUAAAACAUCUCAAAAAUUAUAAUUGCCUCCACUUCUCAUUCAGAGAAUUCAGUGCAUACAAAAUCAGCUUCUGUUGUAUCAUCAGAUUCCAUUUCAACUUCUGCCGACAACUUUUCUCCUGAUUUGAGGGUCCUGAGGGAGUCUAACAAGUUAGCAGAAAUGGAAGAACCACCCUUGCUUCCAGGAGAAAAUAUUAAAGACAUGGCCAAAGAUGUAACUUAUAUAUGUCCAUUCACUGGUGCUGUACGAGGAACUCUGACUGUCACGAAUUAUAGGUUAUAUUUCAAAAGCAUGGAACGGGAUCCCCCAUUUGUUUUAGAUGCUUCCCUUGGUGUGAUAAAUAGAGUAGAAAAAAUUGGUGGUGCUUCUAGUCGAGGUGAAAAUUCUUAUGGACUAGAAACUGUGUGUAAGGAUAUUAGGAAUUUACGAUUUGCUCAUAAACCUGAGGGGCGGACAAGAAGAUCCAUAUUUGAGAAUCUAAUGAAAUAUGCAUUUCCUGUCUCUAAUAACCUGCCUCUUUUUGCUUUUGAAUACAAAGAAGUAUUCCCUGAAAAUGGGUGGAAGCUAUAUGACCCUCUUUUAGAGUAUAGAAGGCAGGGAAUUCCAAAUGAAAGCUGGAGAAUAACAAAGAUAAAUGAACGAUAUGAACUUUGUGAUACAUACCCUGCCCUCCUGGUUGUGCCAGCAAAUAUUCCUGAUGAAGAAUUAAAGAGAGUGGCAUCCUUCAGAUCAAGAGGCCGUAUCCCAGUUUUAUCAUGGAUUCAUCCUGAAAGUCAAGCCACAAUCACUCGGUGUAGCCAGCCCAUGGUUGGAGUGAGUGGAAAGCGAAGCAAAGAAGAUGAAAAAUACCUUCAAGCUAUCAUGGAUUCCAAUGCCCAGUCUCACAAAAUCUUUAUAUUUGAUGCCCGGCCAAGUGUUAAUGCUGUUGCCAACAAGGCAAAGGGUGGAGGUUAUGAAAGUGAAGAUGCCUAUCAAAAUGCUGAACUAGUUUUCCUGGAUAUCCACAAUAUUCAUGUUAUGAGAGAAUCAUUACGAAAACUUAAGGAGAUUGUGUACCCCAACAUUGAGGAAACUCACUGGUUGUCUAACUUGGAAUCUACUCAUUGGCUAGAACAUAUUAAGCUUAUUCUUGCAGGGGCUCUUAGGAUUGCUGACAAGGUAGAGUCAGGGAAGACGUCUGUGGUAGUGCAUUGCAGUGAUGGUUGGGAUCGCACAGCUCAGCUCACUUCCCUUGCCAUGCUCAUGUUGGAUGGAUACUAUCGAACCAUCCGAGGAUUUGAAGUCCUUGUGGAGAAAGAAUGGCUAAGUUUUGGACAUCGAUUUCAACUAAGAGUUGGCCAUGGAGAUAAGAACCAUGCAGAUGCAGACAGAUCGCCUGUUUUUCUUCAAUUUAUUGACUGUGUCUGGCAGAUGACAAGACAGUUUCCUACCGCAUUUGAAUUCAAUGAGUAUUUUCUCAUUACCAUUUUGGACCACCUAUACAGCUGCUUAUUCGGAACAUUCCUCUGUAAUAGUGAACAACAGAGAGGAAAAGAGAAUCUUCCUAAAAGGACUGUGUCACUGUGGUCUUACAUAAACAGCCAGCUGGAAGACUUCACUAAUCCUCUCUAUGGGAGCUAUUCCAAUCAUGUCCUUUAUCCAGUAGCCAGCAUGCGCCACCUAGAGCUCUGGGUGGGAUAUUACAUAAGGUGGAAUCCACGGAUGAAACCACAGGAACCUAUUCACAACAGAUACAAAGAACUUCUUGCUAAACGAGCAGAGCUUCAGAAAAAAGUAGAGGAACUACAGAGAGAGAUUUCUAACCGAUCAACCUCAUCCUCAGAGAGAGCCAGCUCUCCUGCACAGUGUGUCACUCCUGUCCAAACUGUUGUAUAAAGGACUGUAAGAUCAGGGGCAUCAUUGCUAUACACUCUUGAUUACACUGGCAGCUCUAUGAGUAGAAAGUCUUCGGAAUUUAGAACCCAUCUAUGAGAGAAAGUUCAGUCACUUUAUUUAUUUUAAAUCUCUCUAGGAUGAGUUUAGAACUGUAGCAGUGCAGGUGGCUUAAGUGAAGUAACUCCAUAUGUAAUUACAUGAUUAUGAUACUAAUCUUUUAAGUAUCCAAAGAAUAUUAAAAUACUUCAAUCCUGGAUUCACAGUGGGAACAAGUUUCUAUUAAAAGGCAAAUGCUGUUACAAAUUUUUGGCAUCUGGUAAUAUUAAAACCAUUUUAGAAAUACACUCUGUGCUCACUGUGCAGAGGAACAUCAGUUUUCAAACCAACACUGAAAUUCUGUGGCAUCACAUAUAUUGGGCCUUGAUGUCAUGACAGAUCAAAAUCAUUUGAUAUCCCUUUCUCCAUUCUAGGUUUUUCUUUUUUGCAGUAACUGAUUUACCUUGAUCACUUUUCAACUUCCAUAUUCUUCAUAUAGUAAAAGGCAAAGUGUUGAAGACACUACGGUGUGGUAGUAGUUGAAAAUUAUUGCCGUCAUUAAUUACAUACUUAAGACAUAUUAGCAAGUUGAUCCAAAAUGGGAGGCUUUAUAGAUGUGCUUGGGGGAAAAUGAAGGGGAGAAAGUAGCCAUACAGGAGUUCAAAGAAUUCCGUGCCCUUCAGACUAGCCCAAUUACCAGAAACAUCAUGAAAGAUAUUUUAAAAACUAAUUAUUUACUACAGUGUAUUUCACUUGUCUUGUGUGUCUGAACACACAGAAGCUAAUUAGCAAGUUUUUAAGAAGUAUUUAAAAAUCUUUCUAGGAUUGACAUUUUUUCUGAAGUCUGUAUAAAUAGCUUAUAGUGAGAAGUACUGUGCUCAAAUUUUACUUUUCCUUUGCAAAUUCUGUAAUUUCACUCAACGAUUAAGUCUACCAAAGAACACACUGCAUGUAAAAGAUGUAUUACAAUCUCAAAGCCAGUAAAAGAAAUCUUGCUUCACUGUUCACCUGCUACAAGUAAGAGUUUGGUGCUGGUAGAAACAUUUGACUCUGAUGUCUAUUUUAUUCUACAUAAGAGCCAUAUGUAAUGUACUGUAACAAAGGAGCUUCUUGUCCCCUUGGUCUUUUAAUUAAAAGAAAUUCCAACUGA